AUCGAUGUAUAGUCCAGCAACGUGACAAUGAAAGCUUUGGAUUAGGAAUAAUUCGAUAGCUCCAUCCUAUUUUUGCCUCUUCUUUUGCAUUAAAAACUUCAGGCAUGAAAGCUUUUUCCAUGACAGCUUUUUGAAUCUUCUCCAGAAUCCUCCGUCCUCUGAUAUACUCAUCUAUACAUAUACUGUUCUUAAUCUUGAAGUUGACAGGAAAAGAUGUUUCGGUAUUUGACAGAAUUGUAUGAUAAUAACAUGAAGCCGAGCACAGAUCUAUUAAGUGCAGUGGUGCCAUUGAUGAAACUUCUUACCCUUACGGUUGUAGGACUAGUUCUCUCUCAUCCAAGAACUCAAAUCAUCCCUAAAGCCACGUUCAAGCUACUCAGCAAACUUGUUUUUGCUCUUUUCUUGCCUUGCCUUAUCUUUACGCACUUGGGUCAAUCUAUCACACUCAAGAAUUUUGCACUCUGGUGGUUUAUCCCUGUUAAUGUAUUGGUCAGUACAGCCCUAGGUUGCAUCCUAGGGUACUUAGUAGUGAUCAUAUGUCGACCACCUCCACAGUUCAUCAGAUUCACCAUUAUAAUGACUGCAUUUGGCAAUACUGGAAAUCUUCAGCUUGCUGUUGUUGGAUCGAUCUGUCACAGUAAGGAUAAUCCAUUUGGACCUGACUGCCAUCGCAAAGGCGUGGCUUAUGUCUCUUUUGCCCAAUGGGUUGCUGUAAUUCUUGUUUAUACCCUUGUUUAUCACAUGAUGGAGCCUCCUUUGGAGUAUUAUGAGAUAGUUGAGGAAGCCGUUGAGAUUGAGGAACACCGGGAGGGGAAUGGUAAUGAUGUUAGCAGACCUCUUCUAGUAGAGGCUGAAUGGCCGGGAAUCGAGGAUAAAGAAACCGAGCAUUCCAAGACACCAUUCAUUGCCAGGAUAUUCAAUAGCGCAACAAGUGAUACACAGACUGGUUUUCCUGAACUUGAUCUUACAGUGGAAGAGGGUGGGAACAGUCCCGAGUCUGUUAGGUGUUUGGCUGAGCCUAGAGUGGUGAGAAAGAUGAGAAUUGUUGCUGAACAGACUCCAAUACAGCACAUACUUCAACCACCAACAAUUGCUUCUCUUUUAGCUAUCAUUGUUGGAAUGGUGCCUCAGAUUAAAGCCUUAUUCUUCGGAGGUGAUGCUCCGCUGUCUUUCAUAUCAGACAGCCUAGAGAUCUUGGCCGGUGCCAUGGUGCCCUCUGUAAUGCUUAUUCUUGGAGGUAUGCUGGCUGAGGGGCCAAACGAGUCUAAACUUGGCCUUCGUACUAUGAUUGGUAUUACCGUGGUGAGGCUUUUGGUGCUUCCUUUGCUGGGAAUUGGAAUAGUGGCGUUGGCCGAUAAACUGCAUUUUCUCGUUGAUGGCGAUCAGAUGUACAGAUUUGUACUUUUGUUGCAGUAUACAACACCUAGUGCCAUCUUAUUGGGAGCAAUUGCGAGCCUGAGGGGUUAUGCAGUUAGCGAGGCUUCUUCUCUUCUAUUCUGGCAGCACGUAUGUGCGCUGUUCUCACUUUCCCUCUAUAUUAUCAUCUACUUUAAGCUGCUUAUUUGAGACUUGCAUAAACCUCUAUGCUACAAGAUACACUGGGAGACCAGCUACCGUGUGAGUGGUUUCUGAUUGUGGCGUCUCCUUUCUGGUUGCGGUAUAGUUUUUGUAUUUUUGAAUUAAAGCCUCUUAUGUACUUCCUCCAAGUAGGUUAGCACGCUUUCUUUGUGGAGAGGGGUUGAAGAUUCUCCUUGCACAGUUAAUAUUUUCUGUCAAAUAAGUGAAUAUGAAUCCAACUUACAGACAUGUUCUUAUGGAUUCAGCUAGUUUCCAUUUUCAGACAAACUUGGGCUUGAUCUACUGGCUGUUUGCUCGUACUGUCGUACAUUGUGUGUCAAUGAAAUGCUUCAGUGGACAGAGCAGCUUUUGAACAAAUUUAACAGUCAGUUUUAUUCAGUAUGUUCAUGAUUAUGGUGUCCU